CGCCAUGGCAUCUCCACGGACUUCAGUUUUUGGGUGGUUUGAUGGUCCCUGCUCCUCGCUUGUGGACCCAGGCAAUUAAAGCACAGUCCCAGGGUUCGGUUCCUGCCCAAGCAGUGCCGAUCUGGGGUUCAGUCCAGGACUAAAUGACAAGAAAAUGGACCGUUUGAAGCACUGAGUUUGAUUGCUUGAGAGAAGGGGCUCUGCUGAGGAUACCCCACAGGAAUCUGUCGGGUGUCUCUGUCAUCCCAGACUCUUCCCUGAUAUGGAACAAAGUGAAGGUGAACAGGAAUCCCAGGCAGAGAGUCACGUGGAGAGUAAGAGCAGUGUGAAAUCCUUGCCUGGGGGAACGGCCCAUGUCAAACUAGAGAUAAAAAAACAUGCAGUUACAGACGACUACAAACUCUCCAAACGUGUGCUAGGGUUAGGAAUCAAUGGCAAAGUACUGGAGUGUUUCAACAAGGAGACAGGCCAGAAAUGUGCUUUGAAGCUCCUGUACGACAACCCCAAAGCCCGUCAGGAAGUCGAGUAUCACUGGCGAGCCUCGGGCUGUCCUCACAUUGUCCAUGUCCUGGAUGUGUAUGAGAAUAUCCAUCAUGGAAAGAGAUGCCUGCUCAUUGUCAUGGAAUGCAUGGAGGGAGGAGAGCUGUUUAGCAGGAUCCAGGAGAGAGGAGACCAAGCUUUCACUGAGAGAGAGGCCUCUGAAAUAAUGAGAGACAUUGGGACAGCCAUCCAGUACCUCCACUCCAUGAACAUUGCGCACAGAGAUGUCAAGCCUGAAAACCUGCUUUACACAUCUAAAGACAAAGAUACUGUGCUCAAACUCACAGACUUCGGCUUUGCCAAAGAAACCACUGUAAAUGCACUGCAGACCCCCUGUUACACUCCUUAUUAUGUGGCCCCAGAAGUCCUUGGUCCUGAGAAGUAUGACAAAUCAUGUGACAUGUGGUCAUUGGGUGUCAUCACGUAUAUUCUCCUGUGUGGGUUCCCUCCAUUCUACUCAAACACCGGUCAAGCCAUUUCUCCAGGGAUGAAGAGAAGAAUUCGCAUGGGGCAAUAUGGAUUUCCCAAUCCAGAGUGGGCUGAAGUAUCAGAGGAAGCCAAACAGCUCAUUCGCCAUUUACUGAAGACUGACCCAACAGAGAGGAUGACAGUCUCUCAGUUUAUGAAUCACCCAUGGAUUAAUAGAUCAAUGUCGGUGCCACCAACUCCUCUUCACACUGCACGUGUCCUGCAAGAGGAUAAAGACCACUGGGAUGAAGUUAAAGAGGAGAUGACCAGUGCUCUGGCUACCAUGAGGGUGGACUACGAUCAGGUGAAAAUCAAAGACUUGAAAACAUCCAACAACCGCCUCCUGAACAAGCGCCGCAAGAAACAGAAGCAGGCGGGCGCCUCCUCUGCGGCCCCGGGCUGCAACAACCAGUGAGGGCAGCAGCCAAGGACCUGUGGGUAGAGGCUAAAAGUGAAACAGAGCAAUUUAAAUCAUAUGAUCGCCUCAGUCCACACCACAAAGGCAAUGAGACUGUGAAGAUGCUCUCCUGCAAAGAGGGAACAGUGUGAUAACGUUUUGAUAACUUGAAUCAGGGCUUUGCUUUUGAAGACUAAUGGAUCUGACAUGAUUCUGUUGCGUAUUGCAAGGGAAGGUACAGUAAUGCCAGAAAUGUUACAGGUUUUUGGUUUGGCUUUAACUCUGUAGGACAAAAGGGGAGAACAGGAGGCAGUCUCAGCAUCCUAAUGCACUGAGGCUUUAACAGCCAUCUACAAUAGUAACUUCUGCUGCUGUUUUAAACUGGGGAAUAGAAAAGUGCCAAGUGUUCUGCUAAGAGUGUUUUAGUAGUUUAGUAGAAUUGGUAAUAGUCUAUAUUUCCAAACUUACCUCCUGUAGUUACUGAAUAUCACCUAAACUGUAAACAGUUCUUCUUGUUACAGGAAAAAGCAUCCAUACAUUUCCAUUUCCAUAAAGUCUUCAUGUAAUCUUAUGUGAAGAUUUGAGUUUGUUAUGGAUUCCCAUUUGAUAACAUGUAAAUUUUUCUGAGCUGUAGCCACUAUGUUGUAUCUUUGCCACUGUCAGACCCCUCUCUUGUAAUGUUUUCAAUUUAACUGGUACUUUAUGUGAAGAGUUUCAGUAAGGAUUUAAGUAGCUGAAAGUAUCCUGCAGAGAAUAUUGCUGUUCCCCUUGGAUCCACAACCUCCAGGACGUGCAGCUGGACAUGCAAGGGAUUGCUUUAGAAGAGAGACUUCUGAAAUUUGGGAAGAAGUAGCAAGUGCAUGUACUCUGAAUGGACCCUGGUGUCUGCCAGCAUCCCUUCUGGUAAUUAUCUCCAGAUCCUGUGCCUAAGAUGUGACAAUCACAGCAAACUGUGGGGUGCUGGGGUUGGUUUGUUUCCCGGGGACAGGAGGGGGGAGGGUGCUACUUUAUUUAUGGUGAUUUGGUGGUGUUUCAGGAUCCAAAGAUUAUCACCACUUAAGGAAGAUUACUUUUAAAUACAUCCACCCAUUGCCUUUUUUUUCCUAUUUUAAUACCUUUUUCAUAGGAACCUGGCCUUGGUUUGCUGGUAUGUUUUAUUUUGUGAUCAAAAUAUUUUCUCACUGUAUUUUGGGGUUUGGCUUUAUUUUCAGUUUAGUUGAAGCAAAUAUUUGUGAAAGUGCUGUCAGAGUCUGGGAUGAAAAUGAUGUGAUUCCAGUGAUUCAGGCACAUACACCUUUGAGGUAGGCACACAGAGUUCUGGUGUGUUAAUAGGCUUGGAAGAAUGUAAAAAGAUGAAAAGGAAAACAGGGCUCCAGAGUGGAUCUGAAUUGUCAGAUCAGAGUGACACACAGCAAAGCUCAGCUCGAGGCUUUGGACCUCAUCAGGGGAGCCCAGUUCCCAUCUUCAGAGUGGUGAAUGAGACCUCAGUUCUCCUUUGUGAACUGGUCCUAGGGUUUUGUAACAUGAUUUAUUAAAAUCAGUUUUUAACAUUCCUUCCUCCUGUCAUCCCCGUUUUUGUUGAAUUGUUGCAGAGUUUGUAUUGCUUUGCAAGAUACAUCAGUGUUGAAGGUGACAGGGAAGAGGAGAAGGAAAGUGUUCCAUGAUGUCCACAUUCAAAAGCUGCCCAACUUUGAACAUUUUUUAAGAUCACAAGGAUUUGGUUUUAAGUAUCAAUCUCUUGAAAAUUAUUUCAUGUUUCUGGUAUCUGUGAUUAUAGCAUGUCUUGUAUGUUUUUGUUUUGCCAUAUCACUCCAGUGAAUUAUGCAAAUAUUAUUCACUACCUGUAAAUGAAGACUUGUGAUGUGUUCAGGGUGCAACAGUUGGAGUUAGAGCCAGGUCCACGUUUCUGUCCCUUUAUCUAAUUUUUUUGAGGGAGGAAUGUACAUUAUUGCUGCUAUUCCAUCUCUGUGCCCCAUCAGGGUGAUGGGUGUUCCCAGGGCAAGUGUACAGUGUGCUGUCCUGUCUGCCUCAGGGACAGUGCCAUUGAAAGUCUUGCAAACCAGCUUUUUUCCUCUGCCUUGGCCAAGGUUUGAGCAGGAGCUCUCAGUUCCCACCUGGUGCCUGCUGGCUUGUCAGUUCAGUCUGGAGCUCAAAGAUAUAUGUCUGUUCCUGGGCAUUUUUCUGUAAAAAACCUGUAAAACACGCCUGGGUUUGAUUCCUUCCUGUGGGUUCCAGUAUUCACUGCAGAUCAGAACCUGGAACUGAGGCACCUGGCACAGCACCUUUAGCUUUCUGUCCCUAUGUGGCAGGACAACCCCAUCUCAUUAAACUCAGACUAAGAGUUCUUGUUUUCUAUGCUGCAGCAACAGCACCCAGGAAUGCUGUAAAGCCCCACAGGAAGCAGAGGAGGGCCUCAAAAUGGCAGACAUGGAAGUGUAUGCAAAUAUUGGACAGAAGGGUUUGUGUUUAUUGCAUAGAGAGAAGGAGGAGACUCCUUGGGAGCUGGGAAACAGCUGCCCUGUGAUGUUUGGAGCCUCAAACUGCUGCUCUGCUCCAGGUACUGCUGCCUUCUGCAGCCCAGUGCAGCAGGACAGCUCGUGUUUUAUCUGGCUCUGUGUUACCUGGAGCUGGGAGGAGCUGCCAGAGAGCAGGUUUGGGGUGCAGACAUUCCCCCAGCAAGGCCUGUGUGCUCCAUGGAGAUGUAGGGAUGCACAGAGCAUCCAAUGGACUCAGCUCUGCCUGGCCCCACUGCACCACCUGGCCUCUGCCCUGCCAGCUCCGAGAGUUCCCCAGAUCCGAACCUGCCAUCAGCUCCCCAAAUCUGAACCUGCCAUCAGCUCCCCAAAACCCAGCCUGCCAUCAGCUCCCCAAAUCUGAACCUGCCACCAGCUCCCCAGAUCUGAACCUGCCAUCAGCUCCCCAAAUCUGAACCUGCCAUCAGCUCCCCAAAUCUGAACCUGCCAUCAGCUCCCCAAAUCUGAACCUGCCAUCAGCUCCCCAAACCCUGCAGCAUCACAGGCCCUUCUCUGGGUCUGUGACUCUUCAAAAGGUGUAGCAUCUCUGGCUGCCAGCAAGGCUCUGGGGAGGACCCUCCUCCUCCCUGCAUUCACAUGUUAUAAAGAGCUCUGGUGAGCUGGUGGUGGUGUUUGGGUCUUGCCUCUUCCCCCAGCCAUGUCAUAUAAUAGGCUUUUUAGAACCUGCUGCUCAGGAUCCAAAUUUAUAGCCUGUUUUUAGAAAGGGUAGGCUAUUACAGAACUGAUUAUGCAUUUGCAUAUUCAUCAGCCAUAUAGAGGAGGUAAAGAACUGGGAAGGGACAGAAGAAAUGAAUGGUCAAUAGAGAAGGCUUCAAAGAGAACACAGAUUAAAAGGUCUAUUUAUUUUUUACAGAAGAAGCUAAAAAAAGGACUGUGCACAAUUCCCCACCCCCAUCCCUUUUCACAGUGAUUGCUCAUGGGCCGCUGCCUCCCCUUGUGUUUCUCUGCACUGUGCUCUUCACACACGUGGUUCAUGUGCUCUCACCAGUGCUCUUGCUCUGAUCCACACACAAAUUUGUGCCCAGGCAUGCAGGAAAUUUCCUCCCUGUCUUUCCCAGCUUUUGCACCAUACCUGUGCAAUGUGCCUGGGUUUGACAUGGUACAAUUAAAAACUCACAUUAAUGAUAAGCUCUUGGCCUAAGUCUGUGUUUUUCUAUUUGUCAAAACCCAGCAUGCAGUCCUGGGAUUGCUUUUCUGUCUUAACACUUCACUGCCUUGAAUCUGGAGGCCCAAUUACGUAAGUGCUUCUGACUUGUCUGACAUGAGGGAUAAUGAGAAUGCUACAUACUCAGUUUGAUCUAAUUUCCCUGUCCUCUUUUCAAUUCACACUUUAUUUGGCCCAUGUUUAGACAAAGGAGCUUUUGGGAAGAGGAAGGAGAGAGCCAAUGGUUUUAAUUACUUGCAGGGAAUCAUGAACACUUGUACUGUUUUAGACCUGUGGUCCAGGUGGGGAGGAGGUGUUAACGUAGGUUCAGCUGCUCUGAUGUGUUCUCCUGCUUAGCCCAAGGAUGGAGCCAGCUCAGCUAACUAACCUCAGGGACAAGGAGAAGGAAGCAAGCAGGGAAUGCUUUCACAUGCAGGAGAACUCCUUUUUUUCCAAGAGUAAAUGUUUUGGGGAGUUUUAUUGUGGAAAUAUCAGAAUUUUCUUUUUUUUAGGUUCCAAUAUCCCCCCUUUUCACCCAGCUGUUCUCAGUAGUGGAGCUGGUGUAGCUGGGAAUGGACAUGGUUAAUUCUCUUUUAGAGAGCCUAAAAGGGAUGAAAGCAAUGAAACAAACCUAAGAGACAAAACACACACUCAAAACCUCAAAAUCUUGUUAAAAAUUCUUGCAAGCUAACAGGCAAGCCUUCAGCUCCAUCCUGAAAUGUAUCUCACCUGUGGAAAAUUGAGGUUAGAGCAAACCUAGGUAAUAACAUUUGCUGAAGAAAUGUUUCCCUGAAAUCUUUGCACCAGGUAAGAAAAUUCUUUUUGAGAAUUAAGUUCAGCUUUAAAAUAGGAUUAUUUCUUUUUGGUUUGUGUUGUAGAGGAAUUUAAUGGAGAAAGGGAGCAGAAAUGGGGCAUGAUACGUCAUGUUGAAGAAUAAGAUAAGAAAUGUCUGCCGUUGUGUUCAACUUACUUUUUUACUGCAAGUGCUACCUCUGUACAGACAUAGCAAGAUAGAUUCAACUCUUUAUUAGACUUUUUUAGCACUGGAGGAGGAUGUUGCUGCACUCUAGGGAAAUGUGGAAGAUAACCCUGUGACUGUAGAUGAACAUCUAUUCUGGUAAAUCUGUAAAUGAUGCCUAGCAUUAGAUUUAUUUUAAAAUUUCCUGCCUCAUGAAUCUGCCAGAUGUCUCACAGGUCUGCUCUAACUGCAUCAAUGCACAGAGACAUCACUGUCAGUGGGUUUCCUCCUGCUAUUUGGGACCACAAAAAGAAGUUGCUGAAAUCUACUGCACUGGUUUUAGUUUCCAGGAGCCAAAAGAGGAAAAAGGUGGCUUUCAAAUAGCCAGAGAUGGCAGAAAGGGCCAGGCUCUCUUUUAUCUGGAAAGAAAAAUCUUGACCUUCAGUUCCAGCUCCAGCGCUGCUGGUAGCAAACCAGUUUGAGUUGUGUGGGGCUGCAGGCCCUGCUGAAAUCUCUGCUGCUUUGACACUGUGCAGGGGCCCUUCCCACUGUGAGCCAGGGAAAUGCACUUACUGGGGCCAUGGUUGCAAACCAUUGAGUAUUCUUGGUCCUGGGGCUGCAGUGAAGCUGAAUAAUGCCAGAGAGGAGGAGCUGCAUUGUUUGCUUCCAUGUUAGGCUUCUGAGUGUAUCUGUUGAAUUUUCCUGCCUCCAAGGACCAUCCCAGUACUGCCAGUGUAGCAGCUGUUUCUUCAUUUGUUAACAGGGAGCACAAAUUCUUCUUUUGGGCACUGCAUUUCUUUCUCUGAAUCUCAAAGCUGGAAUGAAACUCUUAAACAGCAUGGUUAUUUUGCCUAAUGUCUUCUCCCCAAACUUCCAGGCUAAUCCAUUUGGGAAACAUGGAAGAUGUUCUCAAGAGACUUCUUAUUGCCUAGCUACUGAAGCACCUGCUAAAACUGAGCUCUUUUAAAAACUGAAAAUUAUUUAAAUGUGAAAAAGAGUGGGUUGAUCUGCAAAAAAAACUUCUCAAAAGACUAAAAUUAGAAUGGAAUGUGUUAGAGGAGAAAUACUGGUGGGGGAGAAGGACUAAGGUUUUUUUUAAAAUAAAAAUGCUACUGCUUGAGUAAUGAUCAAGGAAAUUCUGGUUAGGAUAUUAGCUGCUGCUCCAACCCAGAGCAGUUCUUGGAUUCAGAAAUAAUUAUGUUUUCCUAAAGAUAGAUCUACAGUUCAGACUCCAGGGUUUUUACUGAGUUAGUCUAAAGCAAGGAUCAGCUUGAUGUUUAUAAAUGAAAUUUUUUGAGUAAAUGCUGGUAGUAAACCAAAUAAAUAGGGCUUUUUUUUUUGUUUUUUUUUUAAGUGCAACUAAUAACUGAAUAAAUAAGCUUUGCAGAUUAACUUCUGCUCUCCUAAAGUUGCCUGAGUGAGCUGCUUGCAGAAACCUUGUAAGGUGAAGUUACCUUUCAUUUUUGCUUUUGGAAUUUUGCAUUUCUAUCUUGCACUUUGCUGCAUGUUUGACUUUUGUCUUGAAUAAAAUUCUAAUUAGUUGUCCCAAGGCUACCAUUCCAUGAUGCGAGGUUUUUUCUCUGUUCUUGGCUCAAUAGCAGUUGUGCCACUUCUUCUUUUAUUUCUGAACUCCUUGUGGUGUGAGGGAUUGGAAGAGUUUCAAGGAAUCCCAUUACCUGGCAGGAAGCAAAAAACUUCAUUGUCUGUAAAAUGAUAAGGAGGAACGUUCCAAGCAAUGGCUAGUAGUAGGAAAAAUUACCCUCUGAGGAAAAGAGAAGGUCUCUACAAAGAAAUGCACCCAACUAAAAAGAGUAAAAUGAUGUGGUCUGGAUAUUUUCCUUUGAAAUCCUCUGAUUUUCUUCUCCUUCUUGAUUUCAACAGUUUGAUGUGUUUUAUACUGCUUGGAAGUCAUGAGUGCUUCCUUUAGAGAGACCUGACUGCAGUAUUUCAGUUUCUUCCCUAAACAUAAAAAAAAAAAAUAAAAUCCUAUAGAAGUUUUAUGCUGUAGGAUGUUUUAAAUCUGAGGAGUAGGAAGGAAUUGCAUUUCCUGAUUUAAAGUGACUCAGCUCGGUCUGCCUCCUUGUUUCGUAAUAGAUUCUCUGCAUCCAGCUCAAACCUUGGCUGGCACUCGGGAGAGCUAUCAGAUGUUUUCUCCAAUGAUUUGUCAUUCCUGCACAAAGUCAGUAUUUAAGCUGUUCCUUGAGGAUGCUGGAACAGCCAUCUAGUAAGCAGUGAUUAGCUCAGAAGGUGCGUGUCUGUGUCACAAGGCAUCUGCUGCUGUUCCUUGGAGCCUGGUCAGCUCCUGUUGGACAGUGCCGUGCCUGGCCAACAGGAACUCAGCAAUCAUCAGUCAUUACUGUGUUCAUAUUCUUUGCUUUAUAGUAUCUGCAGCCACUCACACACAUCAAACCUUAUUCCCAUAACCACAGUCCCAGAUGAAGUGUUACUUUUAUUUCUGUGCAAAACCUUCAUGGUGAUCAUGUUUUGUACUAAGUAAAUUAAUUUCAAAGUAUUUUCUUUUAAGCCUGAUACCUUUUUUUUUUGUAGAAUUCCUGAGAUUUUGUGUUUUCCUUUGGAACAGAUAUUGUUCCCACAACCAGAAAAUUAUUUCCAGUGAGAAUUUGAAAGGAAAGUUCAUAUUUGUUAAAAAGAAAGUUGAUAUUUGUAUGCCAUGUAUGGAUGCAUAUGACGAAGUCAUAAUGUGGAAGAAUCUAAUUAGUACUAUCCAGGCAACGGAAGACCUUGAGCUUGCUUGAUUAGAAUUAACUGCUGCAUACAUGAAAGGAGAAAAUUUAAUUCAAAUUUCUAUUAAUCAGAAAUACCAUCCUGCCUGAAUGAUUAAAAUAAAAUAAAAAAA